CUGUCCCCAAGGGAGUUAAGCGAUUGUGUUUGUAUCUGGAUUGUUCUGAAUUGCAUGUACUAAUGUAAGGUGUCAAUUCCGUGGUGAGCCUGCUCGGCUGGCUGGCAGCGCCCAGCCUGGCACUGGAUGCCAUCACAGCUCUGCCCACUUCAUUUCAGCUCCCCCGAUGUCUGACCUGGAGUUCGGUGGCAUGUCCAUAAAGGAGGUGGAAAUGGAUGGCAAGUACAAACCACCGCAGCCCCAUUGGUACGAGGUGUAUGCCCAGCCCUGUGUGGCCGAGUUCCUCGGGUCGGCAUUGUUCAUCUUCAUCGGGUGUGCGUCAGUGAUUGAGAAUGUGGACGGCACGGGGAGGCUGCAGCCCGCCCUGGCACACGGGUUGGCUCUUGGGCUCAUCAUCGCCAUUUUGGGAAACAUCAGCGGUGGCCAUUUUAACCCAGCUGUCUCCUUGGCCGCAUGGCUGAUCGGUGGGCUGAACAUCAUGCUGCUUAUCCCUUACUGGCUCUCCCAGCUGUGUGGGGGGCUGAUCGGAGCUGGCCUGGCAAAGAGGCGCUAUAUCUGGAGCUUGCAUGAACCCUGCCAGAGCUUUUGGACCAGCGCUUGUAGCAAACUACUGGGACUAUCACUGGGUUUACUGGGUAGGGCCCAUGGUAGCCAGCCUGCUAGUUGGUGCAUUGAUAAGGCUCCUGAUUGGCGACAGGAAAAUCCGCCUGCUCCUGAAGUGAGCCCUGGAUUGGGCCUGCCUGCGGGACACAAUCACUUAUGGAUAGGAAAUUGGCUCUACUUGGCCCUCGGGAGAAACUCUGCUUCACCACACACCAGUGCCUCUGUUCUCACUGUCUGGCCACGUGGAGCUGCUCUGGGAUCCCAGCUUUCCAGUCUGUUUCCCCCAGAGAGCAGGUGUUGGCAGGAUGAGCCCACUUGAAGCUACAGAUUCUGUAAAAAAACAAACAAACCCAAACCAAAAAAAUCGAUUGUGUUGAGAUUAAAGAAAAGGCCUGGCUGGCUGGGUAGGACUGCUAGAAGCCCUGGCUUUUCCUCUCUAGGCUGGGGCAGUGCCUCUUGCUACUGCACAAACGGCAGCCAGA